UUUUUUGUUUAACGAGGAACUGCUCGCGCAUGCGCAGAAUAGAUCGUCUCACCUGUCAACCUUUCAUCAAAAAUGGAUCUAUCCGCAGAGUAUCGCGCCAGUUUAGACUGAUGUCAACACUGAUACAUUGGUAUAACUCAUGUUUUAAUGAAAGCCGAUAUGUAAUUUCGCCAGCGCUAUCCGGGAACCGUUUAUUGCUGUCACUGGGUCCACCGACGACGGUGACCGUACAUCGCUUACAACCUGUCUGUGUCCAUCCAUCUAUUCAUCCGUCCAUACACCCAUAAGACAAAACAGAAACAGACAACCCCUCAUAGUUCAAACCUCAGACCAAGUCGUCCGAUAACGGUGUGAUGCUCGUACAUGACCUCGGCUUUUAGUCCCAUUGUGCAGGACGAUGAAUGCAGAGGAGUUGGAACUCCUGGGUGACUCGAAGUACAGGAAUUAUGUGGCGGCAGUAGACAAGGCCCUAAAAAACUUUGAGUACUCAAGCGAAUGGGCCGAUCUGAUCUCAGCGCUCGGAAAGCUCAAUAAGGUAUUGCAAAACAAUGGCAAAUACCAGGUUGUCCCCAAGAAACUGACAAUUGGAAAGCGUCUGGCCCAAUGCCUCCACCCGGCGCUGCCCAGCGGGGUUCACCGCAAGGCCCUGGAGACCUACGAGAUCAUCUUCAAGAUCAUUGGACCAAAGCGCCUGGCAAAAGAUCUUUUUCUUUAUAGUUCUGGGCUCUUCCCUUUACUAUCAAAUGCUGCUAUGUCUGUAAAGCCAGUAUUACUUGGGUUGUAUGAGAUAUACUACCUGCCCUUGGGGAAGACUCUCAAACCAGGCCUACAGGGGCUCCUGACUGGUGUACUGCCUGGUUUAGAGGAGGGCUCUGAGUACUAUGACAGGACCAAUACCCUUCUGGAAAAAGUGGCAGCAGCUGUCGAACAGCCUGCUUUCUACAGUGCCCUGUGGGGCAGUAUUCUGACCAGCCCUGCUGUGCGCUUGCCUGGAGUCACUUUUGUUCUCCUGCACCUUAACCGAAAACUUUCCAUGGAGGACCAGCUUUACAUCAUCGGCAGUGACAUCGAACUGAUGGUGGAGGCAGUUAGCACAUCAGUUCAGGACUCCAGUGUGUUAGUGCAGAGGAGCACCCUGGACCUCAUUUUGUUCUGCUUUCCCUUUCACAUGAGCCAGGCGACACGUCCAGAUAUGAUCAGGAUUCUGUCAGCCGCACUUCAUGUUGUUCUGAGGAGAGAUAUGUCUUUGAACCGUAGACUUUAUGCUUGGUUACUGGGUUUCGAUAACAACGGUGUGAAAGCAGGCCCUCGCAGCACCCGACUGAGUAAUCCAGAAGAGCAUGUCACACACUACUUCAAUACUUACUCCAAGGACAUGCUUGUUCAGGCCAUGGUGGGGAUCCUGCAGGGGAAGGCCAGAGGAGGGGAGGAGGAGAGCGUCCUGAUGCAUGACUUAAAGCCAUUUCGCAUCCUCAUCAGCUUGCUCGACAAGCCUGAGCUGGGCCCAGCAAUCUUGGAGGAUGUCCUGAUUGAAGUGUUUCGCACCCUGCACACUCAAUGCCGUGCUGAGUUAGACCUUCAGAACCAAAACCCCUUCAGCAAGGACCAAACUCAGCUUAGCAGCAAACUUCGAGAAAACAAGAAGACGGCAGAACUUAUUAAAACAGCCAACCUUUUGUUUAACUCCUUUGAGCCGUACUACAUGUGGGAUUAUAUUGCACAAUGGUUUGAGGAGUGCUGCAGAUGGACUCAGAGCAGUCAAGUCCCAGGGAAGAAUGUGAAGUCUGAAACUUCAGCACGUUCAUUGGUUGAAUUCUGUGAGCUUGUGGACUUCCUGUUGGACAUUGUUUCUUUGCCUACUAGAAGCAUGAGGGUUAUCUGCCAGGAGACAUACAUAGAGAUCCAGACCGAACAUUUACCUCAACUGCUCCUGCGAAUGGUUUCUGCUCUUACCACACAUCUGCAGGCUCUGGGCCUCGGAGAGCUCACCUACUGUCUUCGCCUCUGCUCAAAGAUCCUCAGCAAAGUUCAGCCCCCAUUGGUGUCACCCCUUGCACUGCCUCCUGGAUCGUCCACAGCGGCCACUACCCCUUCAGCAAGAGACAGAGAGGAGAAAAUGGCGCUGCCAAUUGCACUAGAAGUUCCCAAUGUAUUUGAGGAUGGUGAGAACCCUUCAAGCAGCAGUGGAUUCACAGACUUCAUCCAGUACCGGGGUGAACGUGGGACGCCACCUGAUAGUGUGCCGCACCUUGAGGAUGACUCAUCCAGCCCUGAAGAAGCACCCAAACCGAAACCCAAAUCUGGGAUCAGUAGUUCUGCCCACAGCAAACCCCAGGGCAAGCCAGUGAUGCAGUGCUGCCUCGAGCAUUUCCAGCAGUUCCUUUGUCUCCUCGUGAAGCUUUACAUCAUUCCUGGAGGUCACACAGAGACUGGGAAGGCCUGCAGUGCUGAGAUGGACACUCUUGCAGUGGUAGCCGAUAAAAGAAGGUAUGAUGUUUAUGCAGAGCAGACGUCUUCUGAGCAGAAAGAGUGUCUGGAUGCAUUUACGGCUGCUUGCCAGCUGUUCCUGGAGUGCUCCAGUUUUCCAGUCUACAUUGCUGAGGGCAACCUGAAGUCCUCACCCACCAGAGAAGAGCAGUCAGGUGAAAGUGUUCAGCCAGCAUCUUGGCUUCAGACUCUGAUGGACGCUUGCUGUUCAGCUGCUGAUUUCACUAUUCAGGCAGUGGCUAUCUCUCUUGUCAUGGACCUUGUCGGUCUGACACAAUCAGUAGCUAUGGUGACUGCUGAGCGUGUGGCUAGUCCAGAAUCGGACCAACCAAUGAGUCCUAGCCAAGGGCGCGUUGCGGUGGUGAUUCGGCCCCCACUCACACCGGGGAUCUUGAAGUACAUUGCAGAGAAAACAGAUUUCUUUAAGAAUGUAGCCCUUAUAUUAUGGGAUCAGUUAGGAGAAGCGACCCCCCAGCAUCACAAGCGCAGUGUGGAGCUCUUUUACCAGAUUCACAACUUGGCUCCCUCCCCCGGCAUUUGUGAAGAUGUCAUUAGCCAGCAGCUCAUGCAUCGGGACAAGAGAAUACGCUUGGAGGCCCAUGUAAAGUUCUCUGUCCUGUGGCACUUGACCAGAGACCUGAACAUUACCAAGUCCUCCUCUUUCAAUCGCACCUUUGACAGGUCUCUCUUUAUCAUGUUGGACAGCCUCAGUUUUUGGGAUGGCUCGGUGAGCGCUGUUGGCCGGGCCUGGCUGAACCAAGUUUUGCAGAGACAUGAUAUCGCUCGUGUUCUUGAGCCUCUGCUGCUUUUGCUUCUUCACCCUAAAACCCAUCGCGUGUCCAUCCAGCGUGUUCAAGCACAGCGUCACCUUGCACAGGCCUUUCCCAACCCAUCAGAACAAGAGCCCUCUGACCCCAUUUACAUGAGGGAUGUGAACUGCACUGAUAAUAAUGGCCAGAUCAGUAGCCACAGAGGUGUCCACAUGUCCAGCAGAGGCCUCCUAUUGGAUGACAUGGAACCAUUCAGCCUGACGGUUAACCCCUUAAGUGACAGUCUUUCACUUUUGAGCCUUAGCAGUGAGAACCUGCAGCUCUGUGGUGAAUAUCAACCUCCUGAUCAGCAGGGAGAGGCCCAGAGCUCGGAUUCAAGUGGGUCCCAGUCGUCCACUUUGGACAAUGGGAGCUUUGAUGAACCAGAGGGAGGUAGUAGCACUGUUAAUAUAUGUGGUCAUGAGCUUUGUCGGUCCUCUUCGAUGGAGGAAAUGUGCUUGCACAAGACCGUUUCUGCUGUUCUCGCUGAGGUAGUGGACAGGGUGGUGGAAAUAGUGGAGAAAGGGUCUACCGACACACCAUCAUCUCCUGAGGCAUGGGCUCAGACAGACUCUGAUAGCUCCAACUCCUCCACGGAUAUGUCCACUGAGCCAUGCAUCGCCCUGACCUCCUUCCCCAAUACCCAAGCCAGGACGCUCCCAGAACUGGUUGCAGGAGGGACUUUGGAGUUCCUGGCUGUUGCAUCAAUUGAAGCUUCGGGGGAAGAGGCGCAUCGGGAAGGCAUAGCUCGCCAUAGCUCCUCCCCUUCGAUCGUUACUCUUCCAGACGGCGGCGGUAAUGGAAUCACUGAACAGAGCCUCCAGGUCGAUGACCCACAACGCAAGCGCAGCCACAGCAGCACCCAGCUCAGCCUAAAGGGUAAGAUUAUGGAGCGACUAGUGGAUAAAUCACCAGGGGCCAAGCCCAAAAUCAAGAAGUCCAAAAGGAAAGAAGAUGAAAGGCGUAAGGCCAACCAGGCAGAGAAGAGCCGCCCACCCAGCAUCUUCUUCGGGGACAGUCUCGACUUGGAGAAUUGGUACAGCUGUGGGGAGGGCGAAGUGUCUGAGAUUGAGAGCGAUAUAGGCUCUCCAAGCUAUGGGGCUGCUGGUGGGGCAGGAGGACCUCGCACAUCUGGGUCAUCUGCUCGGUUUAACAUCCAUCCUCUGUACCAGCAUGUUUUGCUUUAUCUUCAGCUGUAUGAUUCCUCUCGUACUCUUCAUGCACUCACUGCCAUUGCAGCCAUGCUUCGUGCCUUACCAGCAGGAUUUGUAAGCGCCAUCUCCACCACAAGCAUAAAUAACACAUACACACCACAACUGUCUCUUCUGCAAAACCUGUUAGCACGCCAUCGCGUCUCUGUCAUGGGCAAGGAUUUCUACUGCCCCAUCCCACAGGACUCUCACUCGCACUCAUUCCGAAGUGCGAUGUUCCUGGAGAUCAUCAUUUCCCUUUGCCUCUAUUUUUUGCGGAGCUAUUACGCGGCCCAUGUCGACGCCACAGCACAGGACCUGGCUGGCAAUCAUUCCAUGCAGCUGACCAGCGUGGAGGUCUUAACGCUUCUUUUCAACGAGCUUUCCAAGGUCACCGGUGGCUCAGCCAAGGGCUUUGCCAGCUUCAUUUGUGACGUGCUAUCCAAAUGCAAGGUGCAGAAGGUAGUGCUGCAUUGUUUGCUCUCCACCAUCUUUAGCGUGCAGAAAUGGCAUGAACAUCGUGUCCGUGGCACCAAUGUGGCGGCAGUUGAGGAGGGCCUUUCAGAGGACAGUGUCAUCAAUCUGUCAGAGGACCAGCUGGAUAACUGCAGCGCCAUACAGUCCCAGCUCCUGCGCUUGUUACAGAGCCUGGUGGUGUUAGAGCACCGUGUGCUAAUCCCAGCGGACGAAGUUGGGGAAGGUGGUCCAGGGACUACUGGGUCUAUUGGAGGAGCUAACGGCCCCGGGUUUGGGUUCGAGCUGAUCGGUGGCGAGGUAGAGCAUGUCAACCCCCAACAACCGAUGACUUCACUCCAGUACUUGCAUGGGCAGCCUAUCACGGCACAAGGGAUGUUUCUGUGUGCAGUAAUCCGGGCCCUGCAUCAGCACCACGCCUGCAAGAUGCACCCACAGUGGAUCGGCCUCAUUACAGCCACUCUGCCUUACAUGGGAAAAGUGCUUCGGCGAGUGGUCGCUUCUGUUACGCUUCAGCUGUGCAAAAACCUUGACAACUUUAUACAGCAAUACCGCUAUGAGACAGGCUUGACAGACACCAGGCCUCAGUGGAUGGCACUGGGUAUUCCUCCUGACCUGAUUCUGACUUUACUAGAAGGAAUGACAGCCAUAAUCCAUUAUUGCCUGCUAGACCCAACCUCACAAUAUUACCAGCUCCAGGCAAAUGUAGAUCAGAAGCAUCUUGGAGAGGCCCGUGCCGGCAUUCUCUCCAUCUUGCACACCAUCAUGUCCUCUGUAACCCUGCUGUGGGGAGUCCUUUAUCUGGUUGACAGCUCCGACAGGCCAGCUGCAGCCUCUGCCUGCUCCUCCUCCAACAUCAACUUAGGAUCUACAAAGAAUCUCCGGCAGCAAAUUCUGGAGCUUCUGGGCCCAAUCUCAAUGAAUCAUGGUGCUCACUUCAUGGCAGCUAUUGCAUAUGUGUGGAAUGAAAGGAAGCAGACCAAAGCUCCAACUAGGAACAAGGUAAUACCCACAGCCAGCGAGGAACAGCUUCUCCUUGUAGAACUUGUUCGUUCAGUAAGCGCUAUGAGAACUGAGACGGUGAUCCAGACAGUGAAGGAUGUCCUUAAACAACCACCAGCCAUCGCCAAAGAAAAGAAGCAUCUUUCCCUGGAAGUCUGCAUGCUUCAGUUUUUUUAUGCUUAUGUGCAGAGGAUUGCAGUGUCUAGUCUGGUUGAUAGCUGGCCUUCCCUCUUGGCCUUGCUGAAAGAGUCUGUACAGCUCAGCUUACCCGCUCCUGGACAAUUUUUGAUACUUGGUGUUCUGAAUGAGUUUAUCCUCAAGAAUCCCACCCUGGAGAGCAAGAAGGACCAACGAGAGCUACAGGAUGUAACCCAUAAGAUCGUAGAGGCCAUUGGCACUAUUGCUGGCUCAUCUUUAGAGCAAACCACAUGGCUGAGAAGAAACCUGGAGGUCAAACCUUCUCCUCAGAUCAUGGUGGAGGGUGCCAGUCUGGAGGCGGAUGUAGAAGGUGAGGGUGGAUAUAGUCUCAUGUGUCAUGCACAGCUGCAUGGAGAGUCGCUAACCAACAGUAUGUGCUUUUCAGACCUAAUGCUUACAGUGAUGGAGGCAUCCAGCUUCACUCCAUCUGUUUACAGCGUUCAUGCCCUCACACUGUUGGCAGAGGUACUUGCUCAUCUAUUAGAUAUGGUCUUCUAUAGUGAUGAAAAGGAGAGAGUUAUCCCUCUGCUGGUCAACCUCAUGCAUUAUGUGGUGCCCUACCUGCGCAACCACAGCGCUCACAACGCCCCCAGCUACCGUGCAUGCAUACAGCUGCUGAGCAGCCUUAGCGGAUAUCAGUACACACGGAGAGCCUGGAAGAAAGAAGCUUUUGACUUGUUUAUGGACCACACGUUUUUCCAGAUGGACUCCUCGUGUGUUAGCCACUGGAGAGCGAUUAUAGACCAUCUGAUGACUCAUGAUAAAACCACAUUCAGAGACCUGAUGACCCGAGUUGCCGUGGCCCAGAGCAGCUCCCUGAGUCUUUUCACCAAUCGAGAUGCAGAGCUUGAACAGAGAGCCAUGCUACUCAAAAGACUGGCCUUCACCAUAUACAGCAGUGAGGUAGACCAGUAUCAGAAGUACUUGCCGGACAUCCAAGAGCGUCUUGUGGAGAGCCUGCGACUUCCUCAGGUGCCCAUCCUCCAUGCUCAGGUCUUCCUCUUCUUCCGAGUGUUGCUGCUUCGCAUGUCACCCCAACACUUGACCUCACUCUGGCCCACUAUGAUCACCGAGCUGGUUCAGGUGUUUUUACUCAUGGAGCAGGAGGUCACUGCAGACGAGGACAUCACCAGAACCUCGGGCCCCUCAGUAGCAGGGCUUGAAACGACCUACUCAGGGGGCAACGGCUUCUCUACCUCCUACAAUAGCCAGCGCUGGCUCAACCUCUACCUGUCUGCCUGUAAGCUGCUGGAUCUAGCCCUCGCUCUGCCUUCUGAGAGCCUGCCUCAGUUCCAGAUGUAUCGUUGGGCAUUCGUCCCUGAGGCCUCGGAUGACUCUGGUAUGGAGGUCCGCAGACAGGGGACCCAUCAGAGAGAGUUCAAGCCCUAUGUUGUUAGAUUGGCGAAGCUUUUGAGAAAAAGGGCCAAGAAAAAUCCAGAGGAGGAUUGCUCCACUCGCACUUUGUCCUGGGAGCCUGGACAGCUCCUGCUUACCCUAUAUGUGAUCCGCAGCAUGGAACAGCUCCUUCCCUUCUUUAACCUUCUCAGCCAGGUUUUUAGCAGUAAAGGCAGCAGCCGCUCAGGAUCAUACCACAGCCCAACUUCCAUAGACGGCCCAUUCCCUGGAAAGGACGGCAAACUGGAAAGCCAGAAAGUGUUCUGGAGCCGGGCCAGACAGAACAUUGAGGAGAUGGUUGAGAAGGACUUUUUAGAGGGACUCAUUAAAACGUGACCUGAGAUGAACAAAAAUUGAAACUAACACCAUCUUUUAAAAAACACCAUCUUUUCUGAAAAAAAGAAAAAGAAAAGUUUGUACAUUUUUUUGUUUUUCUAAUUAAUGUAUUUUCCCCAAAAUUAUACUAUUUAAUUUAAUGUCUUUUACUUGUAAAUAUAGACACCUGUAUUCAAUUUUUCAUUUGUUUGAGCCCAUAGGAUAAUAUGAAGAUACUGUGCCAUUGCAUAUUGUGGUGACUUGUUUAAUAAAGAGACAUAUCAGUUGAAUUUAAA